AUGAGAAACACCUUCGCUCUCGCGGCGGUGGCUGCGCUGGCUGGUUAUACAGCUGCUCAGACGUCUACAACCUGUGAUCCGCUCAAUACUACCUGUCCUGCCGACUCUGCUCUCGGCACUGAGCAUACAUGGUGGUUUAACGAGACGCUCGACUCCACUAUCUGGAACAUGACGGAUGGCGCGCUCAACUAUACCGACGAAGGAGCUGAAUUUACCCUCAGCACCAAUGGAUCAUCUCUGCUACUGCAGUCCAACUUCUAUAUCUUCUUCGGCGUUGUCGAAUCAUGGGUCAAGAUGGCCAAGGGUGCGGGUAUCAUUAGCAGUGUGGUCCUUGAAUCUGACGACCUCGACGAAAUCGACUGGGAAUGGCUUGGAUAUAAUACAUCACUCGUGCAGACCGACUUCUUUGGCAAAGGCAACACGACGGGCGACCGCGGGACCAGUGUGGGCAUGUCGAAUGCUGAUACCGAGUUCCAUAACUACACCACUUACUGGGACCAAGACAGACUGGAAUGGUGGCUGGAUGACGUCCUGGUUCGAACAGUCAAUUACUCCGAGUCCCUGACACUUGGGGGCAAGAACUACCCACAGACUCCAUGUCAAGUCAAGAUUGGUGUUUGGCCUUCCGGUGAAUCAUAUGAGGCGUUGGGUACGAUCGAAUGGGGUGGUGGUCUGGUCGAUUGGGAUGAUGGCCCCUUCACUAUGACCGUUCAGCGCGUUCGUGUCAAAGAUUUCAACUCUGGCAAGGAGUACAAAUAUGGCAACCAUUCGGGUGAUUGGCAAAGUAUCGAGGUGGUCAAGGGUAAUUCCACCACCGUCACCGAACUCAACAAGAAGCCUAAGGAAACACUGUCUGAGAAAUGGGAUGAUCUUGGCGAAGGAGCCCACAUCGGCAUCUACGUCGCAUGCGGUGUAGUCGGCGCAGCCUGCAUCGGUGCCUUCACAUGGUGGUGUAUUCGCCAACGCCGCCAAGGCCGACUCGCACAAGCCCUAGACGACACCAAAUAUGCCGACCAGCGUACCGAAAUGCUUAACUAUCAGAACGACUGGAAACAAAGCGAAUGGAGAAAGAGUGGCUACAAACAAGUCAGCUAA